GCGGCGUCGGCCAUCUUGGAAUCACAUCAGUGUUUCAGGUUACACUCUGAGACACUGCAUGAGCACGCGACUCAUUGAUUGGCCUCCUAUUGCUAAUUAACGAGAUAAACUAUUUUGCAUCCCCAUUUACCUCGACAGCAUACACAUCUGUGUUUUUACUGCUCACGGAGCGGAGAAGCAAACUCAGGAUUUUUUCAAAGAACCGUCAUGGCGACAGCUAGCGCUACCCCGAGCCGUGAGGCUGGCCGGUCGGCGGCCUCGACACCGCUCUCCCCGACCCGGAUCUCCCGUUUACAGGAGAAACAAGACCUGCAGCACCUCAACGACCGGCUCGCCGUGUACAUCGACCGCGUCCGGUCUCUGGAGCUGGAGAACGACCGGCUGAUGGUCAAAGUGUCUGAAAAAGAGGAGGUUACUACCAGAGAGGUGACGGGUCUGAAAUCUCUGUAUGAGGCAGAGUUAGCUGAUGCUCGACGGGUUUUGGAUGAAACUGCGAGAGAGAGAGCCCGGCUCCAGAUAGACCUGGGCAAGGCUCAGGCUGAUCUGGAGGAAGCCACACGCAGUGCCAAGAAGAAGGAUAGUGAUCUUGCCGCCGCGCUGUCCAGGGCCAGUGGUUUGGAAGCCCAGCUGAACAAGAGUGAGGCGUCUCUUGCCACAGCUUUGAGCCAGAAUGCCACUCUGACCUCUGAGCUGGCCGAUGUCAAGAGCCUGCUGGCUAAGGCGGAGGACAGCCAUGCUGUUGCUAAGCGUCAGCUGGAGGCAGAGACACUGAUGCGCGUGGACUUGGAGAACCGCUGUCAAUCCCUGAGUGAAGAGCUGGAGUUCAGGAAGAGCAUGUUUGAAGAGGAGGUGCGCGAGUCUCGGCGUCGACAGGAGCAGAGGAUAGUGGAGGUGGACUCUGGAGUGAGACAGGACUACGAGUUCAAACUGGCACAAGCUUUACAGGACCUGAGGAGGCAACAUGAUGAGCAAGUCUCUCUUUACAAGGGAGAACUGGAGCAAACUUUCCAGGCCAAGUUGGAUAACGCCAAGGUGUCCUCGGAGAUAAAUGACAAGGCAAUAAGCACAGCCAGGGAGGAGCUGCAGGAGUCCCGUAUCAGAAUAGAGGGCCUUGGAUAUCAGCUCAGUGCCCUGCAGAAACAGCUGGCCGCUUCAGAGGAUCGCAUCAGAGAGCUGGAGGAAAUUCUGUCUGGAGAGCGAGACAAGCACCGCCGUGCCAUGGAGGCAAAAGAACAAGAGAUGACUGACCUGAGAGAAAGGAUGAACGCUCAGCUCAGUGAAUACCAGGAGUUGCUGGACGUGAAGCUUGCUUUGGAUAUGGAGAUCAAUGCAUACAGGAAACUGCUGGAGGGAGAGGAGCACAGACUGAAGCUGUCCCCCAGCCCACCUAGAGUCACUGUUUCCAGGCUAACCGGAUCUUCCUCCUCCCGCUCCUCCAAGAGGAAGAGAGUGGAGGCGGAGGCUAAGGAUGUGCCAGAGAUGGGCAGAGGAGAGGGUCAGCUGCUGGUGUCUGAAGAAGCCACAGCUAGCGGAGCAGUCACCAUAUCACCCACUGACAUGGAUGGAAACGCGGUCACACUGGCCAAUGAAACCGAGCAGGACCAGCCGUUGGGCAACUGGAGGUUGAAGAGACAGGUUGACAAUGGCGAAGAGAUCAUCUACAAGUUUUCCCCAAAGUUUGUCCUUAAGGCCGGACAGUCAGUCACGGUUUGGUCUGCUGAUGCUGGUGUGGCCCACAGUCCACCAACUGACCUGUUGUGGAAGAGUCAGACUUCCUGGGGCACAGGAAAUGACAUGGUUACCACUUUGAUCAACGCUGAUGGCGAGGAGGUGGCCAGACGGAGCGUAACCAAGACUGAGAUGGAGGUAGAGAAUGGAGAGGAAGAGGAGGAGGAGGAGGCACAAACGGGAAAAGUGUCAUCCAGAGAGUGUGCCAUUAUGUGAAGCCUUCCCCCUCUGCUGGCUUUCACUUCCCCAUUAUAUCUAUUUUUCUCUAGAGCCACUCAGAUAUGAUGUUAUCCAUUGCCUCAUUGUUAUGUGUUUUUUAUUCUUCAAGACAAUAUAAGAAUUUUUGGACUUAUGGACUCUUUCUACUGCCCUCCACAUUUCUGGACCUGCUUUGAUGAAUCAUUUUCCUAAAUAUUAACUAGCCAAGUCUGUGGAUCAUGAUGACGAUGGAUCCUAAUAUUCAGUCAGACUGUGGUGUUGAAGCUGAAUAUUUCCCACCCUUAUUACUAACAGUAAUCUACAUGUCGAUGAUUUAUUCCACCGGCUUGUCUUUCAUUCAUCUGCGAUUCGUUCAUCUUUCAUGCACAGUAGAACACAAUCUGUGACCCUGUUGUGUGACUUUUCGAGAUAAAGGACCUCCGCUGUAUAGCCAUUGAUAUGAUGAAUUCAAAACGUUGAACAAGUAAUGAGCAAGUCUUAAUUGGAUUUUGGAGAACAUUUUUUUACUCCAAAAUCUAGACUUUUAAGUGUUGCCCAUUUAGUACAAUAUGUGUGGUUACGGAUAGAUUUUUUUCAAGGUUUUUAUUUAUGUCUUCCGCUUCAAGGUCAAGUCUGUUUUAUUCAUAUAGGCCAAAUGUCAUGAAUCACAAAUUUGCCUCAAGAGGCGUUACAGUCUUUACAGCAUGCGACACCUUCUGCCCUUAGAAUUCAAAUCAGGAACUGAUUUUGCGAAUUGAACAUGAUUGAAUGAAUGCUUGUAAAUUUGGUGCUGGUGGGCAGUCAAAUGUCUUAAAGCUUGGACUUCAGAUCAGCACAUCUGAACUCCAAACCUUUGGGACACACUUGGUUGUAAUGAGCUGUUGCUAGUACCAGUGGGAGCUCCCUGAAGAAGGGCCAACUCAUCUUGAAAAGAAACACUACAGGUUAAUUUUGACUGACAGCCUCUGAUUUCUGAUGUUAUCUGUGCGGUCUGUAGUGGAAAGAAAAUUUGCUCAGUAGCCCCGUUUGCAUAGCCUGUUCAAGGCGGGAAUGUUGCGCCAUUAUUUCAGCUCGCCAUUCUGUAUAAAAAAAAGUACAAACACAAAAUACAAGGGCAUUGUUUUUACGCCGGCAGCAGAGGUAAUAACAGAGCCAAAUCCAUAUCCGUUGUUACACAUCGCUUCUUUUGCUUCCAUGACGCCGGCAUGCUUUCUUAAGUCACACACUGGGGGCAGCGUCAUUUGGGUCAGUGUAUAAAAAGCGAAACCAGCGUAAUGGCAGAUCUUAUUUAUGGCAGUAUUGCAGAACCUCUUUUUAAAAAGGGCUUCUGACUCCUCCGUGCAGCCCGACAAAUCUUUGAGCCUCAAAAUAUUAACGUGAGCAAUUUUAUUUUAUUUUUUUGAGAAUACUGUAAGCUGUUUGACGAUCUGUUGUGCAGAGGGGCGAGUCUGUAUCAGUGGUCAGUUAGUAAAAAUAUUAAAAAAUAUUGGAAUGAAAACCUUUAAUGCACACUAAAAUGUGAAGUGUAACCUGCUUCAGGAACAGGUCUCUUAGCUGAUGUGUAACCGUUGAUUGUAAUGAGACGCUCAACAGUGACGAGCAGGGACAGCAUCUCCUGUGUGAAAUGGGAGUUGUGUUAGUAAGUAGCUUUACAGCCAUAAAACUAGUUAAAAAUCUCGAUUUUGUGUUCGCAUCAGCUCUGUUGGAAUAUUAGUCACCAGGUCGUCUGCUUGGAUCAUCACGGGGCAGACUUUUCUGCUUGAACAGUGCAAAAGCGGCAUGACUGCUCUAUCUGAUGGAUGUGGGUUGUGGGCCACUGAAAUAAUGUGCAUAAAAGGAACGCCUUGUGACUGGCAGAACAUUGUACGCACAAGUAAAAGAGUGAAAGCAACACUAUGAUAACAUGAGGUGAUACUCUGAUUGAGUGCAUUAUCUCCGUCUCUGUAGCCUUUUUGUUAUUACAAUGUACGAGUGUUGCUCUCACACCUUGUGUGCCAUCUUGGGAAACUCCAUUUUUCUAGUGUGUCUAUGCUGUGCUUUACAUAGCUAGUUUUUUGUUUGUUUUUUUUUAAUAGAGUGCUUGUCUAUGUAUAAUCAAUUUGUUUACACAAGAUAUUUCUUUUAUUAUUUAGCGUUAAGGAUUUCUGGGAUGAUUAAGGUUGGGUGUUUAUUACCUUAAAUAUAUUUCAGGAUUCUGAGAAAACGAUACCGAACACUACUCCCUGCAGUGUUUGGCAGUGAGUUUAAAUGUGUCACCUGGUCAGUGACUUUCAUAUUGGCAAAAGCAACAACUUUUUGUCUCGUAAUUGAUAAGUGACCAUCUUUAAAGCCUGACAUUUUUAGGCUAAACUGACUAUUAAGUUAAUACUGAUCUGAUUUUGAUCGUUGUAAGGCUCUGAAUUGUGAUGGUGAUUCAGUCCCUCCAGGAAAUUUCUGGAUUCAACCCACAAGAAUGAAUGCUUAUUUAACUGA